CUCCCCCUUAACUGAUGCGGUGCGGCGGAACAUCGCACACGCUGGGUAUGGUGGACGGACUCCCCCACGUCUAAAUAAAAAACGCAGCUUUUCUCCAACUGCCGAGAAAUAUAUAAGUCAACUUAACCGCGCAAGAAUAAACUGAGAGAACCCCUCGUCAUUCUGUUCAAAGUGAAACGGGACUGAGAUCAGAAUGACCAAUGAAGAACCUCUCCCGAAGAAGGUUCGCCUCAAUGAAUCCGACAUGAAGACCUUGACUCGAGAGGAACUGUGUUCUCGGUGGAAGCAGCAUGAGGCUUACGUCCAGAUGAUCGAGUCGAAAUAUGCUGAUUUAAACUCCAAUGAUGUGACGGGCUUAAAGGAGUCUGAGGAGAAGCUGAAGCAGCAACAGCAGGAGUCUGCUCGCAGAGAGAACAUUCUGGUUAUGAGGCUUGCUACAAAGGAGCAGGAAAUGCAAGAGUGCACAACCCAAAUCCAGUACCUGAAGCAAGUCCAGCAACCGAAUGCGGCUCAACUGAGAUCGUCCAUGGUAGACCCCGCUAUCAACUUAUUUUUCCACAAAAUGAAGGCUGAACUGGAACAGACUAAAGACAAACUGGAGCAAGCCCAAAAUGAACUGAGUGCCUGGAAAUUUACACCUGAUAGCCAGACUGGUAAGAAGCUGAUGGCGAAAUGUCGCAUGCUGAUCCAGGAGAAUCAGGAGUUGGGCAGACAACUGUCUCAGGGGCGCAUCGCCCAGCUGGAGGCUGAGCUCGCCUUGCAGAAGAAAUACAGUCAAGAACUCAAGAGCAGCCAAGAUGAACUGAAUGACUUUAUUAUUCAGCUGGAUGAGGAGGUGGAAGGCAUGCAGAGCACCAUCCUGGUUCUUCAGCAGCAGCUGAAGGAGACCAAACACCAGAUGUCUCAGAUGUCCCAGGUCCAAGGAACUUCUAGUGGAGCUGGUCUAAGCAGAACUUCACCUUCAGCUGCCUCUGAUCCUUCUAUUCUAAGCGAAGCAGCAAACACCUCAGCUGUGGGGAAAGACUGCGGAAGAGUGUCCAACGGACCCUCCAAUGGGAACUCGUCUCAGAGGGGUGCGUCCGGGUCCAGUCUGUACAGGGAAGCAAGCAGUGCAGAUGAAGAUUACCCACCAUCACCCUCUGUGUCCAGCCCCACCCAUGGUGGUAUGUCAAAACUCUCCAACCACUCAGAAGAUGCGGUAAGCCAGAGGGGUGGAGACGGGUAUGUGACUCAGCUAAGCGCCGGCUAUGAGAGCGUGGACUCACCUACAGGCAGUGAGACGUCAGUGACCCAGCACUCUAAUGAUACAGACUCCAAUGCCGACUCCCAUGAGGCCACCACUGUCUCCAAAGGCAGCAGGACUGCGGGUAUGCGGCACAGCACUCAGAAUGGCCUGGACUCAAGUGCAGCCACCAAAACCUCCAGUGCAUCCACAGGGUCUGUUUUGUAACAUUCUUAUAAGUUCAGCGUGUCAUUUUUUAAGUUACUUGUGACAAACAAGAAAGUCUCACACUUCAGGCCAGUUAGUUCUUGUUUGAGAAAUGUGUUUUUUUUCUACCUGACCACCCAUCAUAACCCAUUUCAGUGCAUCUGCAACAUGCUCAACACUGAUUACGUUUGUAAAAUGAGCAACAUUUAGUUUGUAUAUCUGAUUUUUUAAGAAUGAUUUUUAAACCAUUUUCCUCUGUUGAAAUAAUAUAAACCUGGUUCUGAACUGUUCAUUUGCUCAUUCGCUGGAACCAGAAAUCCUUUAGCAAUGUGUGAUGUACCAUAAUGCUCCAUUAAGUCUUGAAGCUGCGAGUUCAGAGAGUCCUUAGUUUCCUGAUGUUGACCUUUUUUGUUCCUCUACAUGACGAGAAAACAUUUGUUUGAAUUUUGUGUAGUUUUUGAGAUGUAUCUUGUUAAAUUCAGUUAAAUUCAAUCCUUUUCAUGUACUGACCAAAUAUCAAUAAAGAGUUUUAAUA